AUGGCUCUAUUUCGCUUGUCGGCGGCCAUCGUUGUCAUCUUCCUGUACAUCUGGAGCCCCUCUCAACGGAUCCAAUGUCGAUGUCGGUCAUUUGAGCGGUGCUGGCCAUCUCAACAAGACUGGUCCGCCCUUAACAACUCCAUCAGCGGCCACUUAGUGAACCCCCGACCCGUUGCCUAUGUUUGCCACGACCCUGACUUUGACCAUGAUGCCUGUGAGCAUGUUCGGUAUAUGGCCAACAACAGCCUUUGGCGUGCGUCGAUGCCAGGAGCACUCCAGAACACUGUCUGGGAGAGCAGCCUUGUCUCUACCCAAACCUGCCUCCCCUUUUCUGCACGAGAGCAACCCUGUAAUCAAGGCCGUAUCCCUUUGUAUGCGGCAGUAGUUGAGUCUAAGAAGGAAGUCCAGACGGCGGUUCGGUUUGCGAGGAAAUACAACCUCCGGCUCGUAAUCCGGAAUACAGGACAUGACGGCGCUGGCUCAUCAAGCGGCCCCGAAUCUUUCCAGAUAUUCACCCAUCGGCUGAAUAGCAUACUCUAUCACAGCAACUUUUGCCCUGGCGGAUCCCAUUCCAAAUAUCAGACGUGCGCGGGACCUGCCGUAUCCAUCGGCGCUGGCGUCAUGUUCCGCGAUCUCUACGCGCGAGGCGCCGAGAGAGGAUUUGUUGUCACGGGGGGUGAUUCUGGGACUGUCGGUGCCGCUGGUGGAUUUAUCCAGGGCGGAGGGGUCCCAGCCUUUAUGGGGUAUACGUGGGGACUGGCGGUCGAUAAUGUGCUUGAGUUCGAGGUCGUGGUCGCCACGGGCCAGCUCGUCAUCGCAAACGCAGAUGAAAACGCAGAUCUCUUCUGGGCUUUGCGUGGUGGUGGCGGCGGCAGCUUUGGGAUCGUGGUACGCGUGACGAUGAGGACAUAUCCCGAUCUUCCCACUCUCAAAGGAGAGCUCACUGUCUCUGGAAACCGUCAUGACCCAUCAUUCUGGACCGAGGAUAUCGCAGGGCUGCUCAACGCACUCCGGGCUUUCAAUCAUCUCGAUGCACCGGGUGUUUUCCGUCUCAUCCAAACCUCUGCUAAGGGUUCCAUUAGUGCGGUACUGGAAGUUUAUCUACUUAACAGAACACUGGCGGAAGACCUCACCAGGAUGAUGGGGCCUAUCCUAGGAACGUCGCGACGAAAGUACAACAUCUCCCCCAUCACUGUAGGCAAGAUAAGCUCGUUCGCCAACCCGAACGAACCCACAAUCACAGAGUUCUUUGGCUCGACCAUUCUCUCCCGGAACUUCUUCGAGUCUCCCAACGGUCCGCUGGUAAUGGCAAAGCGCAUGGCAGCCAUUAACUUGGACCCAGGCGACGGGCUGUUGACCAGCAAUCUCGGGGGACGGAUCAACAAUGAAAACAGUGAUUUACCACUCCACCCUGCAUGGAGGUCUUCCGCACACCUGGUCAGCCUCGUGGUUAAUGUUGAUACGUCGCUUCGGGCAAGGGAGCGUGCCAUGGUAAGGCUCACGGAUGAGUUGAUGCCAAUGCUGUAUGCGAUUGACUCGAGUCAGUGGGUUUCGUAUAGCAAUAUGGGCAACCCGAAUGAGCCCGAUUUUAAGGAGAGGUACUGGGGUAUGAGGAACUAUCGGCGGUUGGUUUCGAUUAAGAAGAAAUGGGAUCCAAAGGACUUAUUCAUUGCUAGGGUGGGGGUGAGGAGUGAUGGUUGGGAUUCUGAGGGGAUGUGCAGGACAUGA